AUGUCCUUCCUGAACAAGCUCGCUGGUCGCAAGACCACCGACGACACGCAGCCUGACAAUGUCGACGCCGAGACCCAGGUUGUAACCAACGACAAGGAGACCGGCGGCGUCUAUCCCAACGACACUACGGCCGAUAGCCAUUCCGAUGACAAUGCGCCCGCCAAAGAUGCCCAGCGUGGUGUUCAGGAAAUCGAAGCCGUGACCCUGGUCUGGACCAAGCUGCACCUGGUCUGUCUUUUGUGCCUCAUCUGGCUUCUUUUCCUGGUCAAUGGAUUCCGUCUCUCGAUUCUCGCCACCCUGGCGCCCUUCGUCACCAGCGAAUGGCUCAUGCACUCGCUCACCACCGUCAUCUCCAUCGUCGCAGACAGCAUGACCGCCGCGUGCUACAUCCCCAUGGCCAAGAUGCUAGACGUGUGGGGUCGCGCUCAAGGCUUUGCCGUCAUGGUUGGUUGCGCUACUUUGGGCCUUGUGCUCAUGGCCGUGUCCCACAACCUAGCUACUUUCUGCGCUGCGCAGGUGUUCUACCAGGUCGGUUUCGGAGGCAUCAUCUACACCGUCUGUGUGCUCGCGGCCGAUGCCACAAACCUGAGGAACCGAGGUAUCGCCUUUGCCUUCACCUCGUCUCCUUACAUGAUUACCGCCUUCGCCGGAUCCAAGGCUGCUGAGGGUUUCUACCAGAAUGUCAACUGGCGAUGGGGUUUCGGCUGCUUCGCCAUCAUUCUACCCAUCAUCACCACCCCUCUCUUCCUGCUGCUGCAGACCAACCUCAAGAAGGCCUACGCCCAAGGUGUCAUCACCAGGACGAGCAGUGGCCGGACCUUUACGCAGAGCCUCUGGUACGGUAUUGUCCAGUUCGAUUUGCUCGGAGUCUUCCUAUUUGCCGGCGGCUUCACCACCUUCCUCCUGCCAUUUACUCUCGCCCGCUCCGCCCCCAAUGGCUGGAAGACUGACUACAUCAUUGCUAUGAUUGUCACCGGUUUCAUUGUCAUGGUCAUCUUUGGCCUGUACGAGAUGUUCCUGUGUCCGGUGCCGUUCCUGAACAAGAAGUUCAUGACUGAUCGCACCGUCAUUGCCGCCUGCCUUAUCGAUAUGACUUACCAAGCGUCUUACUACUGCUGGGCCAGCUACUUUACGUCCUUCCUGAUGGUCGUAAACAACCUGACUAUUGCCGAGGCCGGAUACGUCAACAGCACCUUCCAGAUUGUCUCUGGCGUUCUUCUGUUCUUCGUUGGCUACAUGAUCCGCCGAACCGGUUACUACAAGUGGCUCUUCUACAUUGCCGUCCCGCUGUACAUCUUCUCCCAGGGCCUGAUGAUCCACUUCCGUACGCCCAACGGAAAGAUUGGCUACAUUGUCAUGUGCGAGAUCUUCAUUUCCAUGGGCGGAAGCGUCUUCAUUCUUUGCAUGCAGCUGGCCGUUCUCGCCGCUGUCGACCACCAGCACGUUGCUGCUGCUCUGGCCACGCUAUUCGUGGCCGGCAGUAUGGGCGGCGCCAUCGGUAACACCAUCUCUGGUGCUAUCUGGACCAACAGCUUCCUGCCGGGUCUUUACAAAUUCAUGCCAGAGUCCUCGACGGAACUCAUCCCGACCAUCUACGGAGAUAUUGUUACGCAAUUGUCCUACCCCGUUGGUUCCGAGGAGCGAUUGGGAAUCCAGAAGGCUUAUGGUUUCGCCCAGACCAGAAUGCUUGCCGCUGGAACUGGCAUCAUGGUCCUGUCUUUCAUCUGGGUCUUCAUGUUGAGGAACAUUAAUGUCAAGAAGAUGUCGCAGACCAAGGGUACUGUGUUCUAA